GUCGACCAGAUCUCUUUCUCUAAAACUUUCCGCGAUUCAAGAAUUCACUCUCCACGCUGAUGUGUUCCACACUUGGAUGGCGCGGAGUCGUAAGUGUCGUUCUAGUUUAAGAAUGGGAAGGUAGAUGGACCUGUCAGCGCAUUGAAUCCAGGAAGUAGAAUCCACUAGUUUCAUAUGAUAACACAGCCAAGGUACGAAGAUUGGAAGCGGACGUACCUGUACCCUUCGAAUAGGUUUGCGUACUUGAAGAACGAGCUCAGCGUGAGAAAGGGGCUGGGGAGAAAUGUCACUUGGUAUUUUCAUAAUAUUGAUGAAGGGUAUGAAGGGUUUUUGUACUGAGAUUUGAACUUAAUUCGUAUUGACGCG